AUGGUCCGACUACUAUCAAUUCUCCUUGUAGGAGCCCAGCUCAUUUCGAGAGUUACCUCUCAUUCAAUCCCUAACAUGGUUCCUCGAACAGGACAAGAAUACCCUUACCCUGUACUCGGCACGGAUGAGCCCGCAGAUUGGGCUACCACUGGCUAUUUUAUCAAUCAUUUUGCCAUUUCCACCAGAAAUCUCACUGCUAGUGUUGACUUCUACUCCAGGGUCCUUGGCUUCCGCAAGAUGUUCACCCUACACGUCUCCAAAACAUACUCCAUCACCUACCUAGCUCACGCCCACGGCGGCAAGAACGGAACAGGCUAUCAAACCGCUCUCGAGUUGAACCGCGAGAAGAAUAACGCCCAGGGUCUUCUCGAGAUUUACUACCUUGAUAUUCCAACCAAGAAUAUCGAGUCCAGCUCUCAGCACCCCAACACCUUUGCCCAUAUUGGGCUUGUUGUUCCUGAUGCCAAGGCGAUCCAAGAGCGUCUGGAGACGAUGUCCGAUGUAAAGAUUGUCAAGAAAUAUGGAGAGAAGUUUACUGAACUCACUACUGAUCUUGCGGUUGGCCCGGCUGUUGGGUUGCCGCCUGCUGUUGUUAGUCAGUUGAGUCUGGAGGAGAGGGAAGCGAUUAUUCAAGGACUUGGACCUAGUGUCGAUCCGCUGAUCUUUAUCGUUGAUCCUGAUGGGAACUUUAUUGAGAUUCAAGGUCAGGAAGGUGCUGAUUUGGUACAGGGAUAA